AUGACUUCAUCAUCAUCAUCUGUGGACAGUGAUCGAUUUCAGUUUGCUGAAAUGAAUAUCAGACAUACGGGUAACAUGACAAGGACAAUAACAAUGGUGCGGCGAGCCAUACGAAUGGGUUAUGAUUCGAUUGUGAUCAAUACGGAUGUUGGUCAGCUGACACAGGAUAUGGCAAGUUUGCUUCAAAAUUACGAUAUCGUUGCUGUUCGACCGGCCGAUGAGCAGAUUCUGCAGACAUUCAGCAGGAAAGGUGAAUUUGUGGACAUCAUCACUUAUGAGCAAGCUUCAACAUCUGUUUCAUGGUUGUUUAAAAGUAAGAUCAUUAUGCAGUGUAUCAAUGAAGGCUUAACAUUUGAAGUUACAUAUGCAGAUGCUUUAAAAGAUAGCAGCCAAAGACGAGAGGUAUUAUCAAAUGCUCGGCAAUUAAUGCUGUCAACCCGAGGUGGACGUGGAGUGGUCAUUGCAAGUGGUGCCGAAGCGAUGAUUGAUAUCAGAGCCCCAUACGAUGCUGCAAAUAUCGCUGUUCUGUUUGGUAUUCGCCCCGAAAAUGCCCGAAGACUUGUUUCUGGAAAUGCAAGAAAAGCAUUGUUACGCGCGGAAUCGAGAAAAACGUUGAAAGCCGGAAUGUUAGUAACAACAGUCGAAGAAAUGCCCGGAAAUCUCGUAAAACGUAUGAAUGCAAUUGAAAAAAUCAUGCGGAUACCUGAAUUUCGAGCUCAGCUGCAAAACGAAAAGGAUGAAAGGGACGAGGAAAUAUCGCUUGAAAAGAUAGAAAGAUUAAAUUAUAAAAUUGCCAGUGAAAAGGUGGCGGCCGAUGUGGAAGAAUUUUGCGAUGUUGAAUGGAGACGCUGCGAGAAAUUGCUGGAGGAAAUUGGUAUUCAAAAUGCGAGGAAUGUUGGGCUUGGAUACCCGGUGGCCGGUGUUGUGGGGUAA